AUGUCUCGUUGGGCCAAACAAGUCUCACGAAUGGGACGUGAUGGCUUUCAAUUGGCGAGCGCCAUUUUCAAGGAUUCCACCACGAAGAGAGCCGUAUCCUUCAAGCCGGUACUAUUGGAUCAAGCUCGUCAAUAUAAUUUGGUUGCACGCUCGCUGUUGCAAGUGGACCGGCAGAUAGGACUUGUGCGCUAUCACGGCAUUAUGGGGUAUUUUCAGCAACAAUGGCAAGCUCGCUUCUCGUCAUCUCUGCCGCCAUCUACGACUACGCCGGAAGGCUCUUCGCCCGCCGAUACUAGCCAGCCAAACAAGGCAAGAAUAGCCUUCAUGAUCACAGGAUCCAUGAAGCAAGAAUUAAACGAACAGAUGGGAUACCUGGACGAAGACAUUAGGAAAAUGACACCUUUGCAAGCAUCAUUGAUCCUGCAUUAUCGAAUCAUCCCAGAUGAAAUGGAAGAAAAACUUCCUGUAGUAGAAGCAGAAUAUGAAAAGCAGCGAGAAGAGGAUGCUGUGAAGCAGCAACAGGAAGCGGAAGAACGGGAAAGGUUGAGAGCAGCUCAACAGGUGGAAAUGAAAAAGGCGGAAGCAUUGCGAAAAGAGCAAGCAGCAAGCACAGCGGAAUCCAAAACGGAAGUGAAUGCCCAGCAAGAAACCCCUUCAGCGCCUUACGUUGCCCCGGCACCUCUAACAGUUGCCUCGUUCAGCGCUGCUGCGAAUAAUUUUCAGUCGUCCAACACGCUUCUAUCACCAUCAGCCGACGGUACAACCAAUGGGUUUGGAGAUUCCUGGUUCGAAGUGAAUGAAAUCGAUCCCAAAACGGGUGAAGCAACUCGAGUUGGCCUGUAUCAAGAGGAAGAAGAAGCCACCUUGGGAAUGAAAACUCGGCAAGAGAUUGCAGAUGCAAAGGAAACCAAUCUGACCUUUGAACUCAAGCCAGUUGAGAAGAGUGCUCUUUUUUCGUCGUCGCAGAAGCAAAAGUGA